GUGUUCACCCAGGCUCCACUUUUAAGCAUCACUUGUUCGUGUAGGUGUCAGUGCCGAAGUUACCUUGGAUUUGGAUUUUAGAAAAUGCCGCAAGUGUCUGUGUAACAUAAAUCAGGUUUAAGCAACAUCCAAAGUGACACAUACACCAGCGGAGUGUGUGAGUGUGGAUAGGUGAAAGUUUCCGUCAUGGGAGCGCAUGGAUGGAGCUCAGCGCGUCUAGGGUUUGUCGUUUGUGGAUAUUUUGCGUUUUUCUGCGGGCAAAUUGUACCACGGGCUGAAGCAGGCUGCAGAGAGAGGGAGAGCCCAAACUGCUGCACGGGUCGGAACAACGAAUGUUUUGAGUACAGCAAGAGAAAAACAGUGUGCUACUGUGAUACCUACUGUCAGAAAACCGGAGACUGCUGCGAAGACUAUCAGCGUGUGUGCCAAAUAUCUGCAGCCAUUGACUGUGUGGUGGGAUCAUGGGGUCCCUGGUCAUCAUGCACAUCUCCAUGUGGAGUUGGCAGCACGGAAAGGAGUCGGCAAGUGUCUGUUCCCCCUAGAAACGGAGGCACACCCUGUCCUGACCUCAAACAGCGUCGAGGAUGCUUUGGAAACAAUGCCAUAUGCAGUACUGCGAAAGAGGUGGCAAAGAUCCUGCCUGAUUCUUUCAAGAGGAACUUCAAGGACCCUUGGAGGCGACCACACAUGCUGAUGAAGGAGGAGAAGGCCAGUUACUGUGUGCACCUGCGGGUGAAACAGGCCAGUGCAGCGUGUAAACUCAAACUGUGGAGUGCUCAGUUGGUGAGAGAGAGGCUGGUCUGUGCAGAGUGUCAGAGUGAUGCCAUGUCAAAGUCUGACCGCUGUGGAGGUGAUGGCCUAGAGAGCACCAGAACAUUCUGGGCAGCAGCUUCAGUCCCAGGUUGUCAUGGGUCCUGGGUGCGAGAGUCGUUUUCAGAGAGGUGCCGGUGUCCUCCCUAUUCGGUGCUCUUUGUGUGAGCCGAUAUGCAAACCCCAGACAUCCAUAUGCAGUGACAAGAUUUCCUCUUAACACCUCCUGCUAACUGGGGAGAACCCUGCCAGCCAAGCCAGACCCCUCCGACCCAGAAUAUUGGAUGGGUAACUCAAGGAGAUCAGCAGCAUCCUGCCACUUUUUCCUUUCACCUCAUACUCUGUACUGUAUACAGCAUUGCUAAGCACAAUUCUUGCAUUUAACUUCCGAUUAUUUUACGUCACGGUAUGUACUUAUCCUCCUCCAAAGCACAGCAACAUCUAUAUGCCUUUUUACCUCUGAAUCUUUGCUAUCUACCUCCAUUAAUGCGAGUGCAUUUGUUAAUGCAUAAUGUAUAAAUAUAUUAUUUUGCUUUAUACAUUUUCUACUUUUGAUUGUGUAUGUAUUAUGUAUAUGUGUCUAUAUAGCUACACUUCUUUGUGUCCAACCGUUUAAACACCAAACAGCAGUUGCUGCACCCAGUUUAAGCCCCAACUUUGGGUUCUAAAUCACCUACAGGUUGGAGAUGCUGAAAACUCGUUCAUCCAAAUUGUAUCCAUUGCUAGAAUCAUUGAGUCACUAUAUCUGUGUUUUACAGUUUUGUCCCUAUUAUUAUAUCUUUUCAACAAAAACAUUUAUACCAGCAAGUCAAGUUGAAUAUCAGGUAUUGAUUCUCAGGUGCUGAGAUUUGUGUCUUUGUCUCCCAUCAAGCUUUCUAUUUCAUGUCUGCCUCUUCUGGUGGUCAGUUAAUGAUGUUUUUAGUAGUUUAGGCCUGUUGUUGGAGAGGAAAAAAGAGCCAUUUAAGAGAAUUUCCCAGUGGUUCUCUCUGUCCUCUGUGUCCAAGAUGGAAAAGAACUGCUUCGUAAUUAUGUUUUCUCUCACUCCCUGCCCUGCUCAGAAAUCCUGUUACCUUCACAAGGGAGUUUUAUCAGCAAAGUAUAAUCUAACUAUCACAUACAGCCACGUUACUCCUAUUUUAUUAAUUAACAGAAUCUCCUCCCAGUACUCCCAACAGCUUCAUGAACUGCACUUCUUCUCUGCUCUUGUUGUCUCUACUGACUUGGUGUUGUCUUUAAAAGAAACCAGCAGAUGAACCACAGCAUUACCUUCUUGGCUUAAAAACAGUCAGUCGUCUGGUUCAGUACACCUUCCCGCAUCUCUUGUACGGCUGGUUUAAGAAGACGAUAAGUGUAGUCCCAGUUAAGGGCCUUUCUCUGUGGAAAGCUGUGACUUUCUCUUUCUCUCCUGUGUCUGUGUUUGUGUGUUUAUUUAUUAUAAAACAAGUGAUGAUUUUAUUAGUGCAGCACAGCAUACUCUGUACACUGUCCAUUAGUGAAAAUAAACAACUAUACUUUCAUUUCA